GCAGCGGAUGGUUAGGGAAAAGAAAAGAAGCCGCGUCCCUGGUUCUUUUGUUCGCCGCUCUGCCCGCUCACUCGAAGUCUCCACUGUCUAGCGAUAGCAGCGACUCCCUCCUCUCUCCCCAUCUCUCUGCAAUCUCCAUCUCUCAUUUCAGUUCAAGCUUUCGAUUGCUCACUCCGUCUCACGUCCGUCAUCUAUCUCAGACGGGAACACAUCAACGCGAGUGCACACUAACUCUCGUCUACCUCGUCCGUCUGUCCUCCUUAAUUCUUUCUCAGUCUCCCCGCGCCACUCGUUUCAGGUGCUCUCUCUGUCUCUCGUCGAUUUCAUCUCAGAUUUCCAGUCUGUACUAGUGUCAAAGGUUUCGCACAACUUUUGUAUGUGCAAGAAUGGUGGGUCUAUCCCUUGGAGAAAAGCAAUUCAUACAAGGUGGUAUUGCUCAGGACAUCCGCUCUGAUGGUAGAAAGAGGCUGACGUAUCGACCCAUCUAUGUUGAAACCGGUGUUAUUCCUCAGGCAAAUGGUUCAGCAAGAGUCAGAAUGGGUGCCACCAAUGUCAUUGCCAGUGUGAAGGCUGAAUUAGGAAAGCCAAGCUCAUUGCAACCUAACAUAGGGAAAGUCUCUAUACAUAUCGAUUGCAGCCCCACUGCAGCACCAGCUUUUGAGGGUAGAGGAGGUGAGGAAUUGUCAACAGAACUGUCAAAUGCUCUUCAACGGUGUCUCUUGGGUGGUAAAAGUGGAGCAGGUGCUGGAAUUGAUCUCUCCUCGCUGGUGGUUGUGGAGGGAAAAAUUUGUUGGGAUCUUUACAUUGACGGGCUCGUUGUCAGCUCAGAUGGAAAUUUGUUGGAUGCUCUAGGAGCUUCCAUUAAGGCUGCUUUGAGCAAUACGGGCAUCCCAAAAGUCCAGGUCGCUGCAGGUGCAUCAAGUGAUGAGCAACCAGAAGUUGACAUUAGCGAUGAAGAGUUUCUGCAGUUUGACACAUCUGCAGUCCCUGUUAUAGUUACCCUGACUAAGGUAGGUAGGCACUAUAUUGUUGACGCCACUUCAGAAGAGGAAUCACAAAUGAGUUCUGCUGUAUCCAUUUCUGUUAAUAGGAAAGGGAACAUCUGUGGUAUAACUAAACGAGGAGGUGCAGGGUUGGAUCCUAGCAUCAUUCUUGAUAUGAUAUCUGUGGCCAAGCAUGUGAGCGAGCAGCUAAUUAACAAGUUGGAUUCGGAAAUAGCUGCUGCUGAAGCUGAAGACGAGUCCUGACAUCCUUGGAACAUUAAUUUUUAAGUGAUUAACUUCCCUCCGUUCCUUUAGCCUAAGCCAUUCACAAGGUUAAGUGUAUUUCAUAGCUGAGCAAAAGAUUUCUCUUGGUUACAUAGCUCAACAAAAAGUCAAUGUUGUUAGUAGUUACAAGAUAGCAACUAAAGAAGCUGAAGACCGGUUAUUACAUACCAUGGAGUCUUCAAUCUUGUGUAAGCUAUAUACUUAGAUAGCUGGCAUUAAUCUUUAAGCGAUCGACUUCAGUUUAUGUA